AUGAAGAAUCCAGAAAAGGAUAUUAACGACGAGGAGAUUGCAUAUGCCGAAAGCGACAGCGAUAUGGAAGAUAUUCUAGGUCAAAACGAAGAUGAUGACCCAGAUCUUGACCCAGAUCUUGAUGGGACAUUAAAAUGGAAAUCAAACUUGACCGAAAAAGCAAAAAAGCUGUUUUACACUAAUCGUCGAAUUAAUAUUAUGCAGUUGAUUUAUAGUAACGACAAAACGCCAGAAGAAAUUGCAUCAGGAGAAAUUUCUGAAUUAUUAAAAGUUGAAGCAGCCUCCAAUGAGAAAGACAAUGUAGAAGAGGAGAAAGAUGAUGAGGAAUUUUUCAAGAUUAUAAAGUCUCAAGAGAAAGAUUCUGAUUCUGUGAAUACUCUUGAUUCCACCAAAGCAUAUUUAGAUACAAGUAAUCUCGAUAAAUGGGACGACGAAAUAACUUUAGAAUCUAUUAGAAAUAGGUUCAUUACAGGCAGUCUCGAUGAUGAUUCUUCUGCGGGAGAAAAUGACAGUUCAGAUAAUGAAGUUCAUGGAGACUAUGAGGAUCUUGAAACUGGUGAAGUGGUCAAAGUUGAAGGAUCCAAAAAAUCCGAAAAUGAAAUUGAGCAAGAAGCUCUUGCGCAAAAAAGAGCUUUGUUAAAAAAAAAAUUUGAUGCGGAAUAUGAUGAAAAAGAUGGUUCUCCCAAGGUAGACUUUUAUGAUGAGAUCAAAGAGGGAAUUGCUAAGCAAUUACAACUUAAUCGUGAAGAGUUUGAAGACGAUGAUUCUCAUACAAGAGCUAUGGUUGAAGGAUUUCGACCUGGUACUUAUGUCCGAAUAUUACUCAAGAGAAUGCCAUGCGAAUUUGUGAAGUAUUUUGAUCCGGCAUACCCUAUCAUAGUUGGAGGUCUAUUAACAACUGAAGAAAAUUUAGGCUUUAUACAGGUUCGUAUAAAACGACAUCGAUGGCACAAAAAGAUCUUAAAGACCAAAGAUCCCCUUAUAUUCUCACUUGGUUGGAGACGGUUCCAAUCAAUACCUAUUUAUACUUUGAAUGAUGGGACAAGAAACAGGAUGCUCAAGUACACCCCAGAACAUAUGCAUUGUCUAGCCACAUUUUACGGACCAAUUCAUCCGCCUAAUACUAGUUUUUGCGCAGUGCAAUCCGUUUCUAAUGAUAAUACAAUUGUUAAAAAAUUGAAAUUGACCGGUGUUCCUUACAAGAUCUUUAAGAAUACAGCUUUCGUCAAAGAUAUGUUUACUUCUGCAUUAGAAGUGGCAAAAUUUGAAGGAGCUGCGAUUCGAACUGUAUCAGGAAUUCGUGGUCAAGUGAAAAAACCGAUAACGAAACCUGAAGGUCACUUUCGCGCUACUUUUGAAGAUAAAGUGUUGAUGAGUGCUUGGUAUCCGAUCAUCCCAAAGAAAUUCUACAAUCCUGUUACAUCAUUGUUAUUAUCAUUCAAGAAAGAAUGGCAAGGAAUGCGCCUAACGGGUCAAAUCCGCAAAGAAUUGGAUCUUACCCCACCAAUAAAUCCAGAUUCUCAGUAUAAGAAAAUCGAACGGAAAGCUCGUCGUUUCAAUCCAUUACAUAUUCCAUUAUCUUUACAAGCAAAUUUACCUUUUGCAAGUAAACCAAAAAUACUUAAAAAGAGAACCAAACAAUCAUAUUUACAAAAACGAGCUGUUGUAUUAGAACCAAAAGAAAAGAAAAUGUAUACACUCAUGCAACAAAUUAAUACCUUAAAGAAAGAAAAGGAUAAAAAGCGAAAGGAAAAACAAGCCAAAAAACAUCACGAAUACGCCAAGAAAAUGGCCAAACGAGAAACUAUAUUAGCCGAAAAAGAUAAGAAAGAGCGAAGAGAAUAUUUUAGAAAACAAGGAUUAUUACAAAAAAGAAGUGCUACAUAUUCUGAAGGUUCAUCCAAAAGAUCUAAAACCAGUUAG